UUUCUUCCUGUGUAUAAAAUAAUAAAAUAAUACAUAUGUAUAUAUAGUCAUUAUUGUAAAUCUGGAUUAUCGCUAGUCUGGCCGCAGAUUUGACUGCAAGCCUGGCGAAAUCCUGCCAUUGGUACCUGUGUAGUAAUUAAAUUAUUGGUUGGAAAUCGUGAAAAUUGCCUUUUUCUGUAUAGCGACAUCUACAGGAGAAUUAUUGUGUGAGAAAUUUCAAAUUUUAACGGACUUCUUAAAUGUCGAGUAUGAGUGGAUUCAGUGGAUUAUAUUCUCCGCAAGCAGAUCAAAUUGGUCGUAUAAAAGAGUUCGUUGGCGUGAAGUUAUUUUCUCAUUAUCGUGCGCAUUAAUGAUUUAACUUGUACUUAGUUUAGUAAAUCUGUCAUGUAAUAAACUUGAGGAGAACUGUUUAAUCCGAUAAAAUACAGUGAUCAUUAGGAUUUCGAGACAGGUUGUAUGUGUUAUCGUUAGUCCUACAAUUAAAUAUCAAUUUUAAUUAUUUUUAAUCAUCGGUCAUCGCAAUGUCUCAUCUAAAAUAUAUGAAGGAGAUAAAUAAUUUAACUUGCAUGGACGAAAAUAUUAAAGGUCCACUUCCACGUUGGCAGAAAAAAUGCUUAGAAACAUCAAAUUCUAGCAUCAAUGCUAGUAUUAAUUCAUCGAGGAAAGCUACAAAUGCAUCAUUUGCAAGUAUUAAUAUGACAAAGACACCGUCAGCAAAGAAUGACAGUAGAAAUAAAAAGACACCUUGUAAAGGUUCUAAGAGAUCUCCAGCUAAAACACCCAGUGGUGGUGACAGAUUUAUACCUUCGAGAUCAACCACUAACUUUGAUCUUGGUUAUUACAAAAUUCAACAACACAAUACAGAAAAGGACGAGGAAAAAGCUGACAAUGUAAGCCCCUAUAAAAAAGAAAUGCAGCGGCUGAUAGGAGAAAAUUUACAUGGCGGUGAUUUUAAUCAAAUGAGAGUGUUGUCUUAUCAAAACAAAGCACCAGCUCCACCAGAAGGGUAUCUGAAUCCGUUACGCGUUGUAUACAGUCAAAGUAAAACGCCAGCAAGUGUAAAAGCUUCUACAAGAUACAUACCACAAGCUCCUGACAGAAUAUUGGAUGCCCCAGAAAUUGUUGAUGACUAUUAUUUAAACUUGAUCGAUUGGUCAGAGAGUAAUAUUCUAGCUGUAGCAUUAGGCCCUAAUGUAUAUUUAUGGAAUGCUGCGACAGGAACUAUAGAACAAUUGCUUGAGUUAGAAGGCAACGAUUACGUUUGCUCUGUUGCUUGGAUUCAAGAAGGCCCAUACUUAGCAGUAGGCACUACAGUGGGAAACACAGAAUUAUGGGAUUGUAGUCAAACGAAAAGAGUGCGUAUGAUGACUGGCCACGCUGCCCGAGUAGGAUCUCUUGCUUGGAAUUCGCAUAUACUGACAAGUGGAUGCAGAGCGGGGCAAAUAGUUCAUCACGAUGUUAGACAAAGGGAUCACUUAAUAACCGCGAUAAACGCACACACUCAAGAAGUCUGUGGUUUAAAGUGGUCACCCGAUGGGAAGUACUUAGCAAGUGGCGGUAAUGACAAUAUGUUACAAAUAUGGCCAUUAGUAUUGGGACAAGGGUAUGCACAGGCGCAACCGUUAUAUUCCUUGAAUCAACAUCAGGCUGCUGUGAAAGCUCUUGCAUGGUGCCCCUGGCAGAAUAAUAUUCUUGCGAGUGGAGGCGGCACAGCCGACAGGACCAUUCGAUUUUGGAAUUGUAAUACAGGUGCAUGCUUGAACACAGUUGAUACAAAAUCGCAAGUAUGCUCUCUGCUUUGGUCUACUACAUAUAAGGAAAUCGUAUCUGGACACGGGUAUGCUCAGAAUCAACUGAUAAUUUGGAAGUAUCCCGGAAUGACGAAGGUUGCUGAACUUACGGGUCACUCUAGCCGAGUUUUACAUUUAGCAAUGUCUCCGGAUGGCACUACAGUACUUAGUGCCGGAGCAGAUGAAACUUUAAGACUGUGGAAAUGCUUCCAGCCUGAUCCGCAUAAAAAGAAAGAAACAAGCGAAAUGAAAUCAGUUACCUCUAAGCUUAAGCAAUCGAUUCGAUGAUAUCUUUUUGUCGAUAGGUGCAGUAAACUUCAUUUUUAUAUUUAUUUUUUUAAUAGAACGUGCGACUAAAGACACCUUUUUAUAUACACGCUGAUUCGUGAUAUUUCGUUGGUUUCUCAUAGUAUUUAACUAAAUAUAAUACACUUGACACCACAAAGUACCAAGAAUUGUUUUUACAAAAAAUAGAUCUGAUUUGUACGUUAUUUUUUAUAAAACUGAUUGUAUACGUGA